AUGCCUCCUCCCGGUGUGUGUCUGAAUAUUAUGAAUGAGCGCCAUAAGAAAGAGGGCAGAGGAUCUGACACCAACCCUGUCAACUUCCUGGACCAGGACUUUGAAGAACUACAUCAAUACUGUCUCAAGAAUGGAUUUAGGUUCAUAGAUGAAAUGUUUCCUCCGGACUGUAGUUCCAUUGGUGAUGGACUUCUCCAACCAGAUGACCUGGCAAGAAUUGUAUGGCGAAGACCAAGGGUAUAUCCUUGUUUUAUUCUUGGAGGAGUGUCCAGGUUUGACGUCAAGCAAGGUCAUCUUGGGAACUGCUGGUUUCUUGCUGCUAUUGGAGCACUGACAUUUCAAGAUGACAUUAAAAAUCAAAUUAUACCAGAGGAACAAUCCUUCCAAAAGGACUACGCAGGAAUCUUCCACUUUAGGUUCUGGAGAUUUGGGAUGUGGGUAGACGUGGUGAUUGACGACAAGCUUCCAACAAUUGAUGGGAGACUGAUAUUUGUGCACUCAAAAAAACCCAAUGAGUUUUGGGCUGCACUGAUGGAGAAGGCCUAUGCCAAGGUUUGUGGCUCCUAUGCUGACAUGAACUUUGGCAACGUGUCUGAGGCCCUGAUGGACUUCACAGGUGGGAUCCACAUGACAUAUAAGCUGGACGAAGCCCCCCCUGACCUCUGGGACAUCAUAUUCAGAGCUGCCCAGUCCAAGUCCCUCAUGGGCUGUGGCACUCCAGCAGGGGCCAGUCGGAGAAACACUGUUUUACCUAAUGGGAUUGUGGAGGGCCACGCCUACACAGUUACAGGAAUUAUGCAGGUCAUGAGUAAUAACCACCCUGUUAGACUGAUUAGGUUGUUCAAUCCGUGGGGCAAAGUGGAGUGGAAGGGUGACUGGAGUGAUGAGUCUUCCAAAUGGCAAACUGUCAGUCCAGACGAGCGUAAAACUUGCCUCUCCAUCCGUGACGAUGGUGAAUUUUGGAUGUCAUUGGAGGAUUUCUGCAAGAGCUAUUCUGACAUGGACAUCUGCUCCAUGAACCUUGCUUUCCUCGGUGCAUCCACAGAUUGUCACUGGACAUACAAGGUUCACGAGGGACGAUGGAUCACCGGGACCACUGCUGGUGGCUGCCUGAAUAACAGAGGGAGUUUUUGGAUAAACCCUCAGUAUCACAUCAGAUUGGAAGCCCUGAAGGGUGAAUCUUCUAAUGACAACGACAAGAACCUACUUGUGUCCCUCAUGCAGAAGUCUGACAAAAGGAACAGGCGCCUUGACUCCCACUUUAGUAUUGGCUUCGCAAUUUAUAGUGUGCCACCUGAGGUAGGAAGGGAGGGGAAGUUCCCUGCCGAGUUCUUCAAGAGGAACCCUGUAGCUUCAUCCAAAAACUUCAUAAGAGCUCGAGAAGUUGUGGAGUUCUUCAGAUUGGACCUAGGCGAGUAUAUCAUUGUCCCGUCCACUUUCAACCCAAAUGAGACCGCUUCCUUCAUCCUGUCCACAUUCUCCAAGACAGACAGCCAUCUUGAUGAAAAUUCCAUUGACAGUUUGACGAUUACAAAGCCCAGUUCUACUGACAAACUAAACGACAACAACUCCAAGGUUACCUUGUUCCAAAAGUACACUGACCAGUAUGAAGAAGUGGAUGCAGAGCAGCUACAGAGGCUUCUGAAUGAGAAUCUUCUUCAAGGCAACUCCUCAGGCUUUGGCCUGGAUACCUGCCGCAGUAUGGUUGCCUUGAUGGAUCUUUCUGUGACGGGCCACCUUAGUCGCAAUGAAUUCCUUCGACUGUGGGAUCGAGUGGUCACAUACAGGGAAAUCUUUUACCGCACUGACAUCUCAAGGACCGGCGACUUGUCCCUUAGUGAACUGAGGAGUGCUCUGAUUGCCACAGAUGUACAGAUUAGCGAUGGCAUGCUGAACCUCUUGGCUUUGCGCUACGGUGGCUCAAAAGGAAACUUAACGCUGGAGAGCUUUGUGCACCUCAUCCUGCGCUUAGAGUGCAUGUCCAAGAUCUUCAGAAAGAUGUCAGAUGGGAAUGGGAUCUAUCUGCAGGAGUAUGAGUGGAUGUAUCUUAGCAUGUAUUCCUAA